AUGGCACUGUUCACGUUGCUGUCACUGCCGUUGCCAUCGUCUAUCCGCCGCCCUCUUAUUAAGAGCAUCUCCCGUCCAUUCCAAAGCAGGGAAGUGACGAUUGCCACUAGGUGCAUCCUGGUGUUUGUUCUUAUUCUCUUCAUCGAUUCCGUGAACCGCGUCACGUCAAUCAAUGAGGAACUCCUCGCCUUUGCUGAUUCUGAGACAGGUGCGAAGUUACAAUCAACGUUUGUAACAGACCGCUCAGAGAUCCAGGCUAGAAGAUUCUAUGCGCAGAGAAACUUGUAUUUGACUGGGUUCACUUUGUUUUUGACGCUUAUCGUUUCAAGAACCUACGGUUUGGUUGCUGAAUUGCUCCAGUUGAAAGAGGACGUUAGAUCUAAGCCUGACGCCGUCAGCUCCAAUGAAAAGGUCAAGGCAUUGGAAAAGGAGCUCCAAGCGAAAGAGGAGAAGAUUGAAAUCUUGAAAGUACAAGCGGAAAGUUUGCGCAAGGAGUACGAUUCCGUUUCGGAUCAAUUGGUCUCUGAGAAAUCUGCUACUGAGAAGAAGAAUGACUGA